AUGCCAUCGUUUCUUCCCGAUCAGCACAAUUCGUCAAUUUACAACAACAACCCCGACAUCCUCGACCUUGAUCCCACGAACCAGUUCGGUCUUGCGAAUAAGGAGAGGGUGAAUGGGGGUUCUAUCCGCCACGCCCGAUCCGACACCAUAAAUGAGCGUUUUGACGAGAGCUCCAUUUCUUCUACACACGCGUCCGAAGUUUCCGACUCUACACCGGCGCAUAUGAAUGGCAACAGUAACAGUACACGGCCUACGAGCAUGAGCUCUGUUUCUAAUGGAAAGUCAGCUACGGCUACUCGCCCUUCCCGACACAACGAUGACGCCGAAGUCGACAACUUUGGGCAGAAGCCCACGUUGAACGGUACCACAAACCUUGCCGACCGUACUCGCCAUCAUUUCUCCGAUGUCAAUGGCAUGAAUUCUAACACAAACUCCACUAAUAACCAUCAACAUUAUAAUAAUCUAUCAAAACCUCUUCCAUCAGAACCUCAACAGUCAGAAGAGGUUUCUGAAAAACCCCAGAAUGGAGGUAUUGAUGGAAACUCACUACUCCCUGCGGAACCACGAGGCUCCCACACCAACACAAACCUCGAUGCGGCGCAGACAGUGCCGGCUCGUACCAAUGGCGCCCACAGAUUGUCAUCCCCACCAAUCUACAACCCUUCGAGCGCGGCAGCGUCCUCAACAGGGCAUCUCCAAGCACCUCCACCUGGUCUUAAGCAACGACAUACUCUCGAUGUGCCCAAGUACGUCCCAGGUCGUGCAUCCAAGGACGGCAUGGACACUGCUCAGGCUAGCGGCCGCUUCUCUCCUACUAAUGCCGGAACCCCUAGUGGCCGACGUCCUUCCUUGAGUAUGGGUCGAAGGCCAACCCGGUCAAUGCAGUCAGACGGGCCUCGAGAUGAGAUCGUGCCGGACGAGGAUGCGCUCCGCUGGGCAGAGGCUUUGCGACAAAAGCGUGCCAGCAAGCGAAGGAGAAAGGAAGAGGAGGACGAUGAUCGAGUUCUUGUCGGUACCAAGGUUGACGAGACUCAUGCUAACUGGGAGACCGCCUACAACAUGCUUACAGGCAUUCGUGUUUCGGUUUCGAGAACGAAUGCUAAACUCGACCGAGAAUUGACAGAUGCCGAUUUUGAUACUAAGCAGAAGUCGACAUUUGACAUUGCCGGUAAUGAGCUGGUACCGUCCGCAAAGUACGAUUUCAAGUUCAAGGACUACGCUCCUUGGGUUUUCCGCCGCCUCCGAUCUCUUUUCCAUCUCGACCCAGCCGAUUAUCUCAUGUCGCUCACCGGCAAGUACAUAUUGUCCGAGCUUGGCUCUCCCGGCAAAAGUGGAAGUUUCUUUUACUUCUCAAGAGAUUACAAGUAUAUCAUUAAAACCAUUCACCACGCCGAGCAUAAGUUUCUGCGCAAGAUUCUCAAGGAAUAUUACCAGCAUGUCAAGGACAACCCCAAUAUGCUUCUUUCACAAUUCUACGGCCUCCACCGCGUUAAGAUGCCGUAUGGCAAGAAAAUCCACUUCGUUGUAAUGAACAACCUCUUCCCCCCGCACCGAGAUAUCCACACUACCUUUGAUCUGAAGGGAUCUACCAUUGGUCGAGAUUACCGGGAGGAGGAUCUGGAGAAGAACCCCCGUGCAACACUGAAGGAUCUCAACUGGCUCAGGCGGCAAAGAAGCCUGGAGUUGGGCAUUCAGAAGAAGCGCAUGUUUCUGGAGCAGCUGCAACGAGAUGUCGCUUUAUUAAAGCGACUUAAGAUCAUGGACUACUCAUUACUGGUUGGCAUACAUGACGUCGCACGAGGGAACGAGGAAAACCUUCGCGACAAGACGCUUCAAGUAUUCAACCCUGGUGGUGAGAAGUCUCCUGACGAUGAACCUAACUCGGUUCUUCUUCGCACACCAUCCAAGCUGGAGAACCAACGCAAGGCCAGGGAGCUGCGACAGAUGAUUCGCCAGGAGCGACCAGUACCCAUGGGUCAAUCAGCGAACAAGAUGCCAGAUGAGCUGCAAGAGGGCCAGCAUCGUCCUGGGUGGGUUUUCGGGCAAGAUGAUGGCGGUUUUAGGGCAACCCAUGAAGACAACACACCGGGGGAUGAGAUUUACUACCUCGGAGUCAUCGACUGUCUCACUCACUAUGGAAUUAUCAAGAAGAUCGAGCAUUUCUGGAAGGGCUUGUCCAGUGACAAGACGCAAAUCUCGGCUCUCCCACCCGACCAGUAUGGUGACCGAUUCUACCAUUUCAUUGAGGGCGUCACCAUGUCGACCGAGGAAGCUCACAGGGAGGCCGAGAGGAGACACCAAGAGAUACUUGAGGCGCAACGCUCGGAGGCAAGGGUCUCUAGUUGGAAUUCUCGUCGUAGGUCAUCUCAACCCAUUCCUCCAGUCCCAAGUCAUGGCCCUCCCCCACCACCCGGUCCGCGAUCUCCAGAAGCGCGGGAAACGGUUGAGAAGGCCAAUAGGGAGGCCGAACGUUCAGAGAGACAUGGCCACACCGAGGACCAAAUACCAGAUCGAGUUUUGUCUACUGGCACUCUCAAAGACACUCGCGACUCGCUGCAGCACGAGCCUAUUCUUCCUGUGGUGCAAGAGGCAGGCGAGAACGGGCGCGAUGAUAGUGAGAUCCGGCCUUUGACACUCCCCAAGGACCUCAAUAAAAGCCUCCCACCUACUAGAGCACCACCACCCACUCCUCCUAAGCCUGGAUAUCCUGGAGCAGGAAGUGCCGAUAGCGGAUAUGCAGGUUUUGGUAAUGGCACGGCCCUGGGCAACAACGGCUAUGCGUCUCAACAAAGGGUUAGCAUUGACAGCCUUAACAAGGAGCUGCCUCCACUACCGAGGAAGGAUGGCACAGACAACAGUGGCAUACGGAUGGUAGCUUAG